UAUCAAGUCAAACACAGCAGGAGCAGGUUAUGUUCGAGGCUGUGUCGCUGCUCCCAUGGUUCUGACAGCUUAAAGGUGUUUGUUCUCAGAAAGGCGAGUCAACUCACAGCCAGGAGGGGCCACAAAGGUAGAUAGUUCUUUGCUUCGAUGGCAGCCCUGUGGGUGUGGAUCAUUCUGCUGUCUCUGCUGCAGUUGGUCCACUACACUGUCACCUAUAGACAGGUUCCAGGAGAGCCAGUGUUAUUGAACCAGCAGUCAGCAACCUCCUUUCUGUCCCGCAAGCUGCUGGCAAACAACUGGGACUUUGAGCUGGUGGUGAAAGACAACCUGGAGAGGGAGUGUAUUGAAGAAGUGUGCAACUAUGAGGAGGCUAGAGAGUGUUUUGAGGAUGAUGCUAAAACGAAACAAUUUUGGGCUGACUAUGUCAAAGGACACGACUCAUCUGUACCCAGAGUGGAUGUAUCUGGCUUGGUGGCAGSUGUUCUGGCCAUCGUAGUGGUUGCAAUUAUUGUCAUAGUGCUGGGAGUCUACUGCUAUAAAAACAAGAAUAAAACAGGGUCGGCCCGAGUCCCAGUAAGAAUGUCAGGAGAUGGGAAUCCAGCUCCAGAGACUGUACCUCUGUCUGCCAUCGUUCCACCUCCAGCUUUACCCAGCUACAAUGAAGCUCUGAACCACAGUGGACAGCACGAUGCCCCCCCACCACCAUACUCAGGGGGGGCGCCGUCAACACCUGCUGAUCCAGAAAACAACUGAGGAGUUUGGCUGGGUCUCUGCUUUGUACCUGAAGGCCUGAGGAGACAUCUUUGUAUAUUCAAUAUUUUAAAUAUCUUAUGUGACUGGUUGCUUCUGGUGAAACGUUGUGAAUUUUGCCUUUCAAACGAUAAUUAUCAUUUUUUGAUUGAGAACAUGGGUGAGAGUUUAUUUGUGUUGUUCAUCCAGCAGUUCUGUGUUAAAAACACAAGAAACGUGACGAACGUGAAGAAAAACCCAAAAUGUUUUAUAUAAUAAAUAAUAUUAUUUGUA